AUGACCUUACCAUGCCUUCCAGCAGAUAUCGUUUCUGAAACACUCGAGCACUUACACUCGGAUCUAAAAUCCAUGCGCUCAUGUAUUUUAGUUGAUCGGAUGUGGUGUAAAGUAGCAAUUCAGAUUCUUUGGCGAUCUCCGUCGCACUAUAAAUCCCUUGCAAACUCAUCGAAAUUCUGGUCUCGCAUGGCUUAUACGGUUAUCUCAUGCUUGAUUCAGUCGUCGACUGGGAAUUUAAUUGAAAUAUUGGAUAUGGAAAAGGAUUAUUCUCAAUUCUCAAACCUUCGAAGCCAGACACCACCAUUAUUUGAUUAUCUUUUGUUUUGGAGAUUUCUUUCACUCUCAGAUAUUAGUAAUAUCAAAAAAUACAUAUGUCUUGAAGACAAAUCCACAUAUGUUGACUAUCUCUUAGAAAGUGAACUUUAUUGUAGUUUUUUGUCAUGUGGUUCCCGAAUAAAGUACCUUGAACUUCCGUUCAAUGUAUAUUUGACACAACAUCCAGGAGUAGAAAUCACAUUAUCAAAUCUUCAAUGUCUACGCUGUGAUGCCAACAUCUCGUCUGACUAUUAUGCUGAACUGUCGACUUGCUGCCGCACGCUUCAGAAACUAUACAUUGAAAUUUGGGGUGAGGAUAAUGAAGGUCUGGCAAAUUUGAUUAAAUCUCAGAAGGCGCUCAAGCACUUUGAGAUUCACUCUCAGAUAGUUCAGAUAUACCCAAUGAUUUCCGAUGCAUUGUGCACUCAGGUAAAUUCACUGCGGUAUUUACGGAUAAUCGGGAAUCCAUGUUUCGAGACAGGUGUGAUCGGGAUGUUCAAGCAUUUGACGACAUUAAUAUUAGAAAAUUUUAAUCACAAUGUUGAAAUCUUGGAGCAAAUGAAUUUUCCAGAGUUGAAGGUUUUAGAAGUAGUUAAUGACACAGUUACUCCUUUUGAAAUUUACAAAGGAAUCAUCGAGAGUGCAGCUGCAAACGACUCAAAAAAGGGUGGCGGUGGUGGAUUAAAAAGGAUAUACUGGCCAUUAAUGCAUACGACAGUCGAUUUGAAUCCGAGGGUUUAUUCCGAAUAUGUGGUUAAUUAUUGUUCUAAUAUUUUAUUUGUCUCAAUUUACGUAAAAGAGAGUUCUCUAGCUGAGCUUGAAGUUUUACUGGUCCAUUUGAAUAAUCUAGAAGGAAUAGAAAUUCAAGUAGAUAGCAAAACAAGUCCAUCACACCUGUUCAACUUAUUGUCUACUAAGUCGCCCAGAUCCCUUACAAUGUUGUCACUCAUGAAUUUUGAUAGCGAAUGGAUGAUGACACCCGAAGAAUUGGACGUGUUUUUUCAUGAUUGGGGCAAUAGGAGGAAUGGAGAAGGCUUACGAAUAUACUUUCAACGAGAUCUAAUUUACAGUUCUCAUUACAAAGUGAUUAAGAAGUAUGGGAGAAAGGGAGUAAUACAAGAGUUUAUGGAAUACUUCCAAAGCAUCUAUGAGAUAGAGGAGGUGGCUAUGUGCGUCGUACCAUCACCCAAGUCCGAACACGAGGCACGGUCUACCGUAAGCAUCGCCAUAUUCGCAACCAUAUGUCAAGUGAUCAAUAGAGAUUAUCGUUGGUGUAAUUUUUCCAGUGAAAUGGGCGACAUCCCUGACUAUUGUCCAUCAGACUAUCCCUACCAAGUGCCCAUUACUCUAAAGGCUUGUCAAAUUCGUCUCGCGAACUUAAUAUGCAUGUGGCUUUAUUACGCUUCGUUAAUUCUUUUAAUACCCACGUGUUGGUCACUACAAACCUUGGCCGAUAAAAAGAAUUUACAUGUAGAUACUGGUGGGUAUAGCAUUCAUGAGAGCUACAAUACUGGUUGGCCGGGAAUUAGAAAAGCGGAAAACGAAAUAAUAAAGACUAUUAGCGAGUCACCAAAUUCUAGUGAAAUUAUAUGGAGUGCGAGUCCCUUGGAUAAUAAUAUCGUAGAUAUUGGUGGUUUUCCGAGUGGAGUAGAAACCAGCGGAAACGCAGAAGAGAGCGCAUAA